AUGGCUGCAAACGUAAGGACAGGUGAGUAGCACGUAUUUACAAACCUGUCGAUAGUAAUAAACCAAUAACCAUCACCGAGAAAGGAAUAACCAAACUGUUGUAAUCAAAGAAGGUACAUGUAACGAGAUGGAAAUAUAAUUUUUUACCCCUCAUAUUUGGCAUUGCAAUUGAAUGUCAUUGCAAUUGCAUUGAACGUCAUAUUUUUCAUCCGCACGUCAAAUCCAAUAUAUACUAUUCGUUAAACUUUUUAUUAUUAUCGCGAAUAUAUAUUAUUCGACGCCUCUGAAUUCACAUCGUGUUGGAAGAUAUCUGAAACUUGGCAGUGGGCGUAUAAUCGGAUCGGCUUCGUUAUUAUCGUUACGAAUUAUUCUUCGCAAAUUUCCUUUUACGUACGUAUUUGCGAUUGUGCGCGAAAAUAUAUGGAAAAAAAUUCACACAAGUGUCUGCGUGUCGCACGCUGCGGCAGUAGAUUUCAACAAACUUGCUCAACAAGAGAUAUCACUUCAUUUCAUGAUUUGAUUUCAGAAAUGCGGAUUCCUACACGUUCGGCUCCUCGUCCACCUGUCAACUCGACGUCACAAAGAAACGUUAUUUGGAAUGGCACGUAAGUUCGACAUUAUAUAAUUUAAUGCAGAUUUUCUCUGUCUACUGUUAUUUUUAUAGCGUGUAAAUAUUUUUAUCUUUCAAAUGUGUAUAUAUGUAUGAUAUUAGUGAUGUAUCUUAAGAUGUUAGUGAUAUAUCUCAAAAUAUAUGAAUAUGCGACAAGUAUUUAUUGCAAAAUUUAUUUGAUUUUUAACGUUGAUAGGAACAAUGUUUUUGGUUCUUCGUUAACUCAACAACCUGUUCAAAAGAAGAAACCACCACCUCGGCCACCACCUCCAAAGUUUACUCAGAAUUACUUGCAAGCGCAAAAGGAAAAAUUUAAAAAACCAGUAAGGCCGACAGAACUUUUAACCAAUUUCUUCGGAAGAAAAAAAAGUGAACAUUCAAGCGUAACACAAUUGAAUAGUCAGAUACACAACACAAUAUUACAAUCAGAAAACACAAAUGGCUCAAUUUGCCUAAUAGAUUUUAGUCCACCUGGCUCUCCAACAUUCACAACUCGAUCGAGUAGCGAUGGUGUUAGCAUAGAUAGUUUUGGCAGCGAUGGAAACUCAAAUCCAUCUGCAUUCACAAGCAGUGGAAAUACAUCUCAAACGGAAAGUGCCUUUGAAGAUGACUUUGAUUUUUUUGGAAUAUCUACUAAAAAAGCACCACAAAACGAUCCAUGGAAAGUUAAUUCAGUGACAGAUCCAUUCGGACCGUUAGAAGUCACUAAUCAUAACACGUUACAAUCUGUGAAACAAGUAGGUGAUGCGUGCUUUUUUGCUUUCAAUGCAAAUAAUUAUACCGACAACCAAGUACCUUUCAAUCAGACGUCUUUGAAAACUACUCAUUCAAUGCCAACUAUAAUCCGUGCGAAACCACCCAAACCUCCAGUUUCGAAAGUUAUACAGAUGAAAAUAGGACAAAAAAUCAAUAAUGUCGAAACUGACUCGAGACGUUCAAACAACACAGUGCCUUUUGCUAAGCCAAUGACAUUGGAUUUAAGUAAUUCAUGGCAAAAUGAUUCUAAGGACAAUCCUUCGCCUCCAAUGCCUACAAUACCACCGCCUGCGCCACCUUUAGAAUAUUUAGCAGAAAUAAAUAACGAUUUACCAAUCAAUAGCGAAGAACCUUACGGCAUUGCUCUGUAUGAUUUUCCAUUAAUACACACGGGCGAUUUGCCUUUUAAGCAAGGCGAUGUAAUAUAUUUGAUACGAAAAAUCAACGAAGAUUGGAUGGAGGGUAGAAUAGGAAAUCAACAAGGAAUAUUUCCUAUUAAUUUUAUUGACAUAAAAGUACCAUUGCCUGGUAUUCCAGAUAAUAUAGUUACUGCUAUCUACCCUUUCAAGGGUGAAACAACCGAAGAUUUAGUAUUUGAUGUAAGUUAACAUGAUACAAACAAAUUUUGAUAUGAUUUGUUAACCGUUAUUGUUUGUUCGUCUAUCACAAUUUUUGUAAAUGUUCUAAAAAUAAGCAAAAAUUGAUAGUGAUCUAUUUUCAUUCGCUGUAAAAUCAAAAAUUAUUUUUUCAUUUACGCUUUUUACAAACUUGUAAUGACAAAACCCAUUCAUAUCGAAUUUUACUAUACUGUAUAUGUCUUCUCGUUUAAAAUUCAUUUUAAUUUUAUUUUACUUAUAUAUUAUUAUAUAUGUUACAGGAAGGAGAAAAAAUUACAGUUUUAUCGAGGAUUUCACAUGAUUGGUUAUAUGGUGAGUGCGAAGAUCGAAAAGGGCAAUUUCCGGUAAAUUACGUAAAUAGAAUCCCAUGUAACCUUCCAUUAUCACAUUAAUUUGCACGUUCCCUCAUAUUACGAAUGAUAUGUCAGUGGUUUUUCUGCCUUAAAUUUGGUUCUUGAUCUUAUAUAUGCGAUAAAUUUUUAUAAUAUUUUCGUAAAAUAAGAAACAAAAAGUUUUAAAUUUAUCGAGUCUUUCCAUCAUAGUUGUAUUGAAUGAUUAAAACGUAUAUUUCGAGAAUUUCUAUUUACAAAAAGACUGAAUUAUAUGCAAAUGCGUAUUGUCUUGCAAGAAAGAGGGAGAAAAAAUUUCAAUGAAAUAUUUUUAUUAGUUUUUAAAAUAUCGAAUUUUUGAAAAUAAAAGAUCUACAUUUUGAAACUUUUUAAAAUCAAAAGUAGAGUAAUUUUUCAGAAAUGAAUUAAUCUUUUCUAAUUUUUACUUCAUUAUUAGUAUUUAUAUACAUUUCAAAUGUUAUUUAAAGAAAAAAUUAAAUAAUACAAAUAAAACAUUUCGUACUGUCAUAAAAAUAUUUAAGUAAUAUUAAAUAUUAAAAUUAUUCCUAAAUUAUAUAUGUAAUAUAUAUUUUUAUACAAAAUAAUUCUUUUGCUAAUUAAUUUAAAGAUAGUGCCAUCAGUAAUAUGUACGUUCGUUUUCAUUUCAAGGAUAGGGGCGGUUUCGACUUUUGAUAAGAAUUAUCACGUCAAUAUAUAUAUAAUGUGACAUGACAAAUGAUACAUAUGUGUAUAUAUGUAUAUAUGAAACAAUUAGCACUAUCUUUGGAUUAACUAAUGAGAGGAUUAUCUUAUAUAUUAAAAUGCACUUAAAGUGCAAAAAUGUGAAAAAAUGUACAUAUAAAACUUUAUAAUAAUCUCUUAUCUUUUUAGCAGAAAUUUCAAUAUAAUUACGCACAAAGUUUAAAUUGAGGAUCUAAAUAUUAAAUUUCAACGAAUCAUAUUUAUAAUUUAAAUUCUAUUUAAGUUAUCUAUUAUAUAAUAUAUAGUGAAAGUAAUAUUUUUUAUUAUCAAGUUUUUGGAAUAACGUUUCUUUGUAAAUUUUUCAAAUUAAUUGUUAAGUAUAGGCAAAUCCUAAAUUUAUCGAUAAAUUGAAUACACUUAUUUAAUAAACUCAAUAACUAAACAAUAAUUUGUAAAAUAUGCAACAUGAUACAAAUAACACGUCUGAAUAAAAUGAAUAAUUAUAUUUUCUCAUAUUUUACACAAAAUAUUCAAAACUUAGUAAAUCAAUGCAAAAUUGCAACUAACACCAAAACAUGUGAUGUUUUAGUGUUAUUGUAAUUAUUUUGUUCAGCAUAUUUCAUAUUGCGUUGUUAUAUAAAAAAUAAAAAUUACGUUUAAUAGAGAUAACAAAAACAAAGAGUAAUACAAAUUUUUUAUUUACUUAUAGUUUAUUACUGAUAAACAUGUAUAUCAUACUUUAUACUUGAAUGUACUACAUAUAUCAAAUUGUAUUUUGUAAUAUAUAUUUAAAAUAUAUUUCGAUUUAUGUUUAGUACAUGAAUAUGCUAAUUCUAAGAAUAUUAAAUUUAAAUAUUUGCUAUAGCAUCACAUAUUUUAAUGUAAAUAUUUAAUUAUUCUCUCACUACAAUGAAAAAUGUAUUUUCACAAGUGCGUGUAUAUAAAUAGAUGUUUUUCAAUUAUAAUAUGUAAAAAAUUAUUUAAACAAUUUUUCAAAUAUCAGAGGAGAUUUUAAUUGCAGUAUUAGUAAGCAAUAGUUUUAUAAAUUCUAUAAUCUAUAUUGGGACCAGAAAAUUGAUUUAUAAAAUUGAUAUGAAUUAAUAUAAUUAAUAUAAUUAUAUAGCAUAAUUAUAUAGCAAAUUACAGCAUAAUUUGUUAUAUCUUCACUUUUGUGAAUAUAACACAGAAAAAUGUAAUUUUUAAAAUUAUUUCAGCAUAUGCAAUGUGAUAUCUGGCUACAUUAG